AUGAUAUAACUUCCUGGGUCACGUUCGUUUGUACAGCGGCCAAUUUUUGCAGGCAAUAAGAAAGGGAAUCCGCCAAAAGAAAUACUAUUGAAGGAGAAACGGAUUUAACUGAUAAACAAGGAUAUAGCUAGCCAAGUCAAUUAAAUAAAUAGAGACACAUUUUCGGCAAUAUCUUGACAGAUUGUGGCAACGUUUUAGGUUGAUAACAGAACGAGGACAGCGAUCUUGCUAUGAUGUGAGCUUUCUAGCUAGGUUACAGUUGUUAUAUUUGGCAAUACAUCUUAAACUGACAUCUAUUAAUAACCGGUUAGUUAGACGAUGACACUCCUGAUACAGCCAUAACAUCUGAACUGUUAUUUUGUUGUUUUAAGCUAGGGAGGGGCUGUGGCUUGCUACUGCUAGCUAGCUAGCUAACCAAGUCAGCAGAAAAUAACUAGCUAGAUAGCCAACAGCCUGUUUCCAGUUAUUUCAGAGGCUAACUGUUAGCCUAGUGUCAGUAGAUAGGUUUUCUAUUUGAACAGAGUAGGCAGGGCAUACACAAUUUCUGUAAAAAACAUGUCAAAAUACACCAGUUUUUCGGAACCAGGCGACGCCCACAACCCAUUCCAGGACCCUGCAGUGACUCAACACAGCAGCAACACUGAGUAUGCCACACUGGAUCUUUACAACCCAUUUGACAAUAAAAAUGGGCCCCCACCACCAGCCUAUGCAGCCACCUCCCCAUCUGCCCCCCAACCUGUUGUUCCUGCAACAACCCCACCCAGCAGGACUACGCCUACAGAGCCCCGCAACUAUGGCACCUCCUUCACCCCCCAGCAGACAGCGGUCAACGCCACCACAGCAGAACUCCUGAAGAAGCAGGAAGAGCUGGAGAAGAAAGCCCGUGAGCUGGAGAGGAGGGAGAGGGAGCUGAACUCAUACGCCCUUGGCCCUGGAGCCACUCGUCAGAAUAACUGGCCUCCCCUGCCCACUUUCUGCCCUGUGGGACCCUGCUUCUACCAAGAUAUCAACAUGGAGAUCAGCCAGAGCUUCCAACACACUGUCUCUAUCAUGUAUUACUACUGGAUGUUCACUGCCUGCACACUGGCAUUUAACUUAAUUUCCUGCCUGAGUCUGUUCUGUGUGGACACUUCUGGUGGUGUUGGGCUGGGCCUCGCCAUCCUCUGGGUCCUCCUCUUCACCCCCUGCUCCUUCGUCUGUUGGUACAGGCCUGUGUACAAAGCCUUCAGGAGUGACAGUUCCUUCAACUUCUUUGCCUUCUUCUUCAUUUUCUUCAUCCAAGUGAUUGUCUAUGUUAUCAUGACCAUUGGCAUUCCUGGAUGGGGUUUCAGCGGCUGGAUAGUGAGUCUGGCUGCUCUGAAGACUAGCGUGCCUGUUGGUGUGAUCAUGAUGCUCAAUGCCAUCCUAUUCACUGCCCAGGCUGCCAUUGGGGUUGUCAUGCUCAAGAGGGUCCACUCUCUGUACAGGCAGACCGGUGCCAGCUUCGUGAAGGCUCAGGCUGAGUUUGCCACUGGAGUGAUGUCCAAUCAGGCUGUACGCCAGGCAGCUGCCAACGCUACUGCUUCUGCUGCCCAGGGGGCUUUUACUGGGGUGGCUCGAUAGAGGGAAGGCAGGCAAGUAGAGCAAGGGAGCUGGUAGGGAGAGAGGGGUAGGUACAGUUGAAGUCGGAAGUUUACAUACACCUUAGCCAAAUACAUUUAAACUCAGUUUUUCACAAUUCCUGACAUUUAAUCAAAGUAAGAAAAUCCCUGUUUUAUGU